AUGGGGCACUAUUCCUCCCCCCCACUGACACCAACGAUGGGGCACUAUUCCUCCCCCCCACUGACACCAACGAUGGGGCACUAUUCCUCCCCCCCACUGACACCAACGAUGGGGCACUAUUCCUCCCCCCACUGACACCAACGAUGGGGCACUAUUCCUCCCCCACUGACACCAACGAUGGGGCACUAUUCCUCCCCCCACUGACACCAACGAUGGGGCACUAUUCCUCCCCCCACUGACACCAACGAUGGGGCACUAUUCCUCCCCCCACUGACACCAACGAUG